AUGAUAGGAGAAGGGCUGCAUAUUAACGGCGAGCGCCUGAUUUGCCUUAGUGAGGUGCUCCGAAUGGGAAUUUUUGCGCCAUCCAUAGCGUUCGUGAAAACACCUUUAUACGCCUGGGGGGUGAAUCGUAUCGACGUCGUUUCUCUGAGUGAACCUGUCAACCUGACGAGGGUUCUCCAUAAUGACUGCGUGCCAGAUGUUGCUGACACCGUUCUUAUUCCAGGGUGCCAGGGUAGGUCCCCUUACAGGUCUGCUGAAGCUGUCGAAGGAAGAUUUGCUGUCCUCGUUGUGGCUCAGGACACGGUCACGUUUUUCACAAGUGCAAAGCGACCUCGCACUCGAUCAUCUCUCCUACUUUCAUCUCUACUCCCCUACCUUCGUCCUCUUUCUCUCCCUCCCCCUCUUAAUCAUCCUAAAACAUUUGAGAUAUCUUCGUCAGCGAAAAUCGGAGUCAAGAUGGUCCCUGCUCAAUCUGUACACACCAACACAAGUUUCAAGGCUACGUACGACAACCAGCGCGAGGCACAGCGUGCUACAGACACCCAAGCAGCGAUGGCGGAAAGGGCAUCAGGAUCCGUGUCUGUGCCACGGGCCAUCGAAGCAGUGGCAAUGCCUGCUCCUCCGGAGGCUCGCCUGAACCCCAAACGUGAGGUCAAAAAGCGCAAAACCCGCGACGAAGACGGAGAAGGUUCAAGGAAGACGAAGCGUCAACACUCAGUCGGCGGUGCAUCUCUGUUCCCCGAGCCAUUCUCGAUCGCCACGGAUAGUGAGUCGUUGAUGGUCGUGGCCACUCAACUUCUUGGAAGUUCAGGAAACGCUAGGAAAUUCUUAAUUGCAGCGGCCCAAUGCGGAUGUUUACUGCGACAAGAGGACCCAGCACUCGAUAACGAGGCUGAUUGCGGGCAUGGCACAAAAAGGUUGCCAAAAACUGCUUCAGCCCCCGUCCUGAAAACCUACAAAAUGGCAAGAACUAUGAAACCUCCAUUCGCACCAUUUGAGCCCGCCAAGCAAGCCCGAGUCAUGGUCGCUGUAGAACAGGUUCUGCAGCUUCGCGACAAACAACUUGAAGAGAUCAAGCAGCGGGGCGGGCAAGGCUACUUGGCCGCUCUCCGCCAAUUCUGGAUGGACAACUCCAACGAAAAGGACCCAAAGGCCCUCAAAGCCAAGGCCCAGAUAUUCUGCAGGUCUCAUUUCGCGGCAAGUAGUCAACAGGCAGUUGCUCCCCCUGCCGGUACUCCUGAGCAGCAAGAAGCCAGCCAUCAGGCUAGCUCGGGAUACAUGGACCCGUUUGUGUUUGCCGCUGGUGAAGGGACUCGGGGUGAUUAUAUGCCACAUCUCCCACUGGUAGCUGGGCCUAGCUCCCAGUUUCAAGACAAUGUGCAAGUGCACGAAGGUACACUCACAAGCAUGAGCAUCGGACAAGCAACAGUGGCUGAAGGAUUUGAGGUCAACCCCCACUACAGUCUUCCGGUGCAAACAGUUAGUGAUCAAUCCGUCUAUGGCCCCUACGUGCCUAUUAUACAGCAACAGGAGGGGUACCUUUACUUGCCUCCUGUGGAUGCCUCCCAACUGCAACCAGCAUUUCCAGCGUUCGCUAGCGACGUUUCCUAUAAUGCGCCAACACAACAUGUGGCUUACAUCAACGAAGAGCAAGCACAACAGGUGCAAGAUGUUCUCUUCCCUGACAUGACCAGAAACUACCAGGAAGCGAUUGGACAGUUUGGGAGCAACUUUGACUUCGGCUUCUCGCUUCCUCAAGCCCGUCGGCCUGAAGGUGCUGUGCUUGGUGAUGAAUUUGUGCCCCAUCCGGGACCCUCGACGGAGGUUUGGGGCAACUCCAAUCAGUUGUGUACUGGUUCAAUCUUGAACGUCUUCUAUCAUUGA